GUUGUUCCGCGACUGCGACUAACUGUAAACAGCUGCCAUUUAAAAUACGCUCUCAAUACACACACACAUACACACACACACACGCACGCAUUAGGUAAAUGCACUUAUAGCAAAUCAACAGUUCGUCGAGACUCAGUUCAAUCAGUGACAAGAUGCAGUUUGUGGCCACAGAACAUCAACAUCGACGGUUGAACCCGUUGACAGGCCAUUGGGUACUCGUAAGUCCGCAUCGCAUGCAGCGUCCUUGGUCUGGACAGCAGGAGAAACCGCAGCUCAACGAACAACCCGAAUUUGAUCCAACCAAUCCCCUCUGUCCCGGCGUUAAGCGACCCAAUGGUCUAGUGACUGAACGCUACGAAAGCACCUACGUGUUUGAUAACGAUUUUCCCGCACUGUUGGAACAGGUGCCAUCGCCACCGUCUAGUGAUGAUCCAUUAUUCCAGGCGGCUGCGGCACGCGGCAAUUGUCGCGUCAUGUGCUUCCAUCCCAAAUCGAAUUUGACCUUGCCAACGAUGAGCACAUCAGAGAUUACCGCUGUCAUCGAUGAAUGGAUCAAGCAGUUUAAUGAGCUGAGUAGCAAAUACGCCUGGGUGCAAAUCUUUGAGAACAAAGGCGCCAGCAUGGGAUGCUCGAAUCCGCAUCCACAUUGUCAGAUCUGGUCGUGUUCCUUUCUGCCUACCGAGCCACAGCUAAAACAGGAGCGUCUGCGUGCUUAUUACGCGACCCACGAACGUCCGAUGUUAAGUGACUAUGUGGAUCGUGAGCUGCAGCGCAAGGAACGCAUUGUGAUCGAGAAUCCCGACUGGCUCGUUGUGGUGCCCUACUGGGCUGUCUGGCCAUUCGAAACGAUGCUCAUCUCGCGCAACAACAACAAACGCAUCAAUGACUUGACCGAGCAACAACGUCAGAAUUUGGCCAAGACCAUUAAGGAACUGACCAUCAAGUACGAUAAUCUCUUUCAAUGUUCGUGUCCCUAUUCCAUGGGUUGGCACGGUGCACCCACAGGACCAGAACAUGCACAUGCCUCGAGUGCUCAUUGGACACUGCACGCUCUUUACUAUCCCCCCUUGCUGCGCUCGGCGACGGUUCGCAAAUUCAUGGUCGGCUUUGAAUUGUUGUCGAUGGCACAGCGCGAUUUGACACCGGAGCAGGCGGCACAACGACUGAGGGAUGUGAGCGGCACAGUUCACUAUCUGGCCAAAUAAUGCACGGAGGAAGGAGCAAGUGAUGCACUAGCUAGACUAGUUACAUGAAUUUAUAUUAAACUAUAGUUG